GGAAUCUCUUCGGAGGGUCGGCAGUGACUGAAGGAAGUGCAGAGGGAGAGUCGCGCAUGCAUCUUUUGGUUCUGGCUCAAUGGCGGGUAGCCGCGCAGGGACAUUGCGAGUCCUGCAGGCAGUAGACACUGAGCUUACCGCGGACUCGGUGGAAUGGUGCCCAGUAGAGGGUUACCAGCAUCUGCUGGCCUGCGGAACCUACCAGCUGCAAGCGCCCAGGGACCAGCCUGCACUGGAUGGCAGUGAGCCUCAAGUUCGUUUAGGUCGUCUCUACCUGUUCAGCUUCAGUGAGCACAACACGGCUAAACCUCUGCUUGAGGUCCAAAGAAGGGAUUCUUCUGCUGUCCUGGACAUGAAAUGGUGCCACAUCCCAGUCUCUGGCCAUGUGCUUUUAGGCUUGGCAAACGCCAGUGGAUCCAUAGGGCUGCUCCGCCUGAUGGAAUGUGAGAACAACAGUUAUACCCUGCAGCCAAUAUCCAGCCUCACCCUGGACGAGAGCUGUCUGUCCUUGUCAAUGGAUUGGUCCACUGGGAAAUCUAUGGACUUCUGUCUUCCCACAGGGGGAGAUGACUGCCUUCUGAGAGGCUGGGACACCAGGAUGCUGGGCACACCUGUCUUCACUAGCAAAAGACAUUCCAUGGGUGUGUGCAGCAUCCAGAGCAGCCCCCAUCAGGAGCAUAUUCUGGCAACUGGAAGCUAUGAUGAGCAUGUUCUGCUGUGGGACACUCGAAACAUAAGACAGCCAUUGGCCGAUGUACCAGUGCAAGGAGGUGUGUGGAGGCUCAAGUGGCACCCAGUUCACCACCAUCUACUCCUGGCGGCCUGCAUGCACAAUGGCUUCAAGAUUCUCAACUGCCAGAAGGCCAUUGAGGAGAAGCAGGACAUAACAGUUUUAACAUCCCACAAAAUGCCUAACUCAUUAGUAUAUGGGGCUGACUGGUCCUGGCUUUUCCAUUCCAUGAAGCCCACUCCUACCUGGUCCUUUGAUCAGAAUGACAUGGGAGUCAAAGCAGCAGACCACUCUAGCCUAAAGGUCACAGAGGAGCCACCAGUACAUUCUCAGGAACAAACCAUGGAUCGCCAAGUGGAAGGCUCCCCUAGCGCUCACACCAGAGCUGAACUGAAGGCUUCUCUCCUUCCAUUAACAGAGGACAUGAAAAACAGCAAAGACUAUUCGUCAUCCUCAGUCAAGACGCGUGAUCUUAGCCACUGCUCUGGCGGGCAGAACUUUGGCAAUAGCCUCCUGGCCACCUGCUCCUUUUAUGACCACGUCCUCCACCUUUGGAAGUGGGAGACGAAUCAAGCUCGCACUCUUUGCAGUGGCACUGGAUGUGAUUUGGGGAGUGCUGACCAUUGAGAAUGGACUCUUGUGAUACUGUUUUGGCAGUGAAUGGGAUUUUCCAGCUCUACAACUAAGUGUUCUGGGUCUAUUUUGACUUUCAGCUCUUCAUUUGUAUUAAGUCCCUGCUUACAUUAAAUAACUGUAAUUUUUUUUUAAUUUAAAAAAUCUGUAAUUAUGUGUAUGCAUCUGUCUGUGUGUGGUUGCUGGAAUCCCCUUCGAGCUAGGGUUACAGGUGGUUGUGAGCCACCAUGUGGGUUUUAGGAACCACACUUGUGGGUCAUAAUUAUUUUAUGUGUAUGAGUGAGUGUUUUGGGGUUUUGUUUUUUUUUAAGAUUUAUUUUUUA